CUCCCCCUUUUGUGGGCGGGGGCGUCAUCCCUGCAAAAAGAAGGGUGCCUCUGAGCGCGUACAGAGAGGGAAGGGGGCGCGGCUCUCCGCGCUUCCUUUCCUCAGCCGUCCCCGCUCCGCCCUUGGGGUCCCUGGGAGUGUCCCUGAGCACGUACAGAGUGGCCGUUCGUGCCCCUCCCGUACAGCUAUUCCGCAUCCAGGAAACAGGCUGGCCAGGCCAGCGGAGCCCACCUCUACCAACUCGCCCGCCGGCCACCCAGCAUCAUGGACACUUCCUCAGGCCUGGCCAUUGUCCAUGUGGACUUCCCCGAAGUCACCACCGCCCUGCUGGAGAACUUGAACCAGCAGCGGCUGGAGGGCAAGCUGUGUGACAUCGCCAUCCACGUGCAGGGGCGUGUCUUCCGGGCCCACCGGGCAGUGCUGGCGGCCUCAUCCCCCUACUUUCACGACCAGGUGCUCUUGAAGAACAUGACCUCCAUCGUGCUCCCGAGCGUCAUGGACCCCGUGGCCUUCGAGACGGUGCUGGGCUCUGCUUACACCGGGAAGCUGAGCAUGGCCUCGGACGAGAUCGUCAACUACCUGACUGUGGGCAGUGUCCUGCAGAUGUGGCACAUCGUAGACAAAUGCACUGAACUGCUCAAGGAGAGGCGCGGGGCCCUCAUGGGGCCAUCCUCCUCCUUCCGGGCCCACUCCAGUCGCACCAGCGACAACCAGUCGCCCAGCAGCAGCAACUACUUCAGCCCCCGCGACACGGGCGAGGGUGCUGACCACAGCAAGUACAACCCACGGGGGGGCCUGGCAGGCGAGCGUGACAGCUUGGAGGACCACGAGGAGGAGGUCAUCUUUCAUGCCGAGAAGGGCCCGUCCCGCUGCCCUGACCCCUUCGCUGGGGGCAGCAAGUUCAUCCUAGAGACAGACGACGACGUUAGUGACAGCGGGGAGCCAGGUAGCAGCGAGGGACGCCGGCCGACCUACGUCCGCCCCAGCAUCAUGCCCCAGAAGCAGUGGGUCUUCAUCAAGAAGGAGCGUUCGCAGGAGGACCUGGUGCUGACCUGCGAGGAGGACGAGGACCCCGUGGAGGUGGCGGCAGCAGCGGCAGCAGCGGGCCCCGUCCCCGAGACAGCCCUGAGCAUCAGCGACGUCCGUACCUUGACUGACCCGGGUGGCGGGAGCAAACUGGAGGAGCAGGUCAACUUCUGCGAGUCGUCAGAGGACUUCCCGUCUCCCUACGAGGGCCUGGAGGACACUUCACCGCUCCCUGGCUCGUUCCCGCAGCGCGGCUCCCUCCUGCCGAUGGACAUGCAAGGCAACCAGAUCAUGAUCUUCCCCCCGCAGACACCAGUGGAGCAUGGGGCCGUGCAGUUGGCAGCCAGCUCGGGGGAUGGCAACAAGAUCUUCAUGUGCCACUGCGGCAAGGCCUUCUCCCACAAGAGCAUGCGCGAUCGGCAUGUCAACAUGCACCUGAACCUGCGUCCCUUCGACUGCCCCGUCUGCAACAAGAAGUUCAAGAUGAAGCACCACCUGACGGAGCACAUGAAGACCCACACGGGCCUCAAGCCCUACGAGUGUGACGUCUGCGCCAAGAAGUUCAUGUGGCGUGACAGCUUCAUGCGCCACAAGGGCCACUGCGAGCGGCGCCACCGCCUGGGUGUGGCAGGUGGAGGAGGAGGAGGAGGCAUCUCUGCCGGGGGUCCACCAGCCUCUGGGGUGGCCAAGAAGGAGGCGUCACCUUCCCGUAUCAGUGGGGAAGCCGAGUGGGGCACAGGACGGUCACCCCGCAGUGAACUGGGCUUCACGGGGAGCAGUAAGAUGUAAAUGGGGGCAGGAGGGACCUUUUCCACAAACAUCUGGAACAGCCCAAGCCUGUCUGCACUAGACAAGCCUUGAUGCACUCCCCCCCCUCGGGGGUGGGCAGCAUGGACUGGAUUUCAGGGUGUGUGUGGACUGGAUGAUGUCAGGGAACUUGUCACACCCUCCCCCCACGCAGGUCCUCUGGGCCAGUUGCCUCCCCCCAUCAUGCACUGGCCCUAAUGCUGGAGGCACAACGGGGGGAGGGGAGGUUCCAGGACAACUUGUCUUUUCUCUCCCGGGGGGCUCUGGACACUUCCCUUGGAACGCCCCCCCUUGUAAUGCCCUCCCCAUGUGCAUCCCUCCAUUCUUAACUGAUGUCCAUUUGUGUUGGGGGGAGAGGCUUGUCCCACUUUCGAGGGAUCUGCACACUAAAUAGCCCUCUCCCAUGUGCUGUCUCAUUGAGGGGGGACUCAUGUAGCAGCCGUGCCCCCUCUUUGCUUGUCUGCCCUGUGUGUCUGUCUGUCCUGUAGGUGUGUGGAUGUCAAGGGGGAGACAUGCUCUUUGUGUGCAGAAGCUCUGGGGGGAACUUGUUCUCCAGGUAAGGCCAGGCAGGACCCCCACCCUGAGCCCCCUGGAGAUGAGAGAGUCUGCCGGUGGUCAGAGGACGACCCUGUGGCCUGGUGUCCCUCCCCAGGUGUGUCUGUGACACAGAAAUUGUUCCUGUGGAGACCAGGCCUCUGCUCGCUGUAGAGGACCCUUAUGAUAAUGGGGGGGGGGUACGUGAGCUAGACCCUUCUGGAAGCUGCCUGCCCCACCCUGGGGGUGGCCUCCCUCCCUCCUGAAAUGGUGCUUCUGCAUUCUUCCCCCAGGCCCCCCUCCCUGCAAGGAUGUGGAGAAAUGCCUCCCCAUUUUAGUGGAAGAAGCUGGCCCCCCAAUUCCUUGAGGGUGGGGGGUGGAGUGGGGAAUGCUUUGGUGCCCCCAGGAAAUCAGGCAUCUUCCCCCCCUUCACCUGGUGAACCCCCCAUUUCCUGCUCCCCCCCAAAAAAACACCUUGUUCCAUCUGGCUCCAUUGAGUUUGAGAUUUUUGUAACUUCAUUUGGGUCUUUUUUAGAAAAUGAAAGAAGCAAACAUUCUAUAUAAAUAUGUAUUGAUCUCUCCGA